UGCCAAGUAGUGCCGUAUGUGAGCUUCGGCAACAGAUGGCGGCGGUGGCGGGGACUAGCUACGUCCGACAAGAAUCUGAAGGGGUGGAGGCACCGAUGGGGGAAUUCUUUCCAGCUACUAGAGUUGGUUGUCUAUUGAGGAACUGGGACAUUGCUUGGUCAAUCUGACCUCAUUUAGAAUUUCUUGCGUACGUUCUUGGAUUUUACUCUUUUUACCUUUAUUUUCCACUGGAGGCCGCAGAAACCUCGGGCUAGAUUUGGCCACACGCCGACCUGAGGGCACAAAUAUAUCUGCGGGAUUGUUUGGAAAGUCUUGUGAAAUGUAUUUGCCAGAAUUUGGCGGUUUAAAGUCGUAACGUGUUUAUUUUGUAGAGUCGACUGUGUUUACACGAUAGCAAAAUUUGUAAUUAAUGUUGAGUAGAAACAAAGUUGAUAAGCUAACUAGUUAGCUAGCACACUAUAAUGCUAGUUAGCUAGCUACCUAGCAGAGCCUCUCUAGCAUGUUGAAUGGAUGGAUGAAUGAAUGAAUGAAUGAAUUGGCGAGCCCUUGCAUUUAACUAACAACCGCUUGUUGUUAUUACAAGAACACGUCGACUAUUACAUGAGACGACACAUAUUUUCAUAGGGUGAGCAUGUGUGGCUAGCUCCUCUUUGACUGUUACACUACAUACGUUACCCUCAAAUGGACAGGAAUGCGAUUCCAGGGAGUUGGUGGACAGCGGCGAUUUAGCACGCAAAGAUAGUGUGCUAAUACUGACAAAAGCCUGGUAAUGUUUGUGAAACUGGGGGAAGCUUGUUUUAGCUAGCUACAAAUAUUUGCACUACUUGGACUUGGCUGCAAUAGUGUGAAGCUAACGCCCGGUUUGGGAUGGGGAAUAAGGUGUCAUGCUGCGUCUCUCCCGAGUCGAGCCCCAAACUACCAUCGAGACAACCGGCAGAGCGGCUGGAAGAGUUCCAGACCAGCACCGAAGUGAGCGAUGACAACACUGUGCCCUACCUGCAGCAUAUAAGCGACAGAGAGGUCCCUGAUGAGCUGGCAUUAGAGUCUAACCCGUCUGACCACGCCCGAGCAAGCACCAUCUUCCUUAGCAAGUCCCAGACAGAUGUACGAGACAAGAGGAAAAGCAACCACAUAAAUCAUAUCAGUCAUGUAUCUCCUGGUCCAAUGUCCAAGAAAUACAGCUCCUGUUCCACAAUCUUCAUAGACGACAACACCGUCAGCCAGCCAAACCUCAAAAGCACAAUCAAAUGUGUCACAUUAGCAAUAUACUACCACAUCAAAAACAGGGACUCAGGCAGGUCACUGGACAUCUUUGAUGAGAAGUUGCACCCCUUAUCAAGAGACCCAGUCCCAGAUGACUACUCCCGUGUAGGCCCAGAACACAAACUGAUCUACCGCUUCGUCAGAACGCUCUUCAGCGCCGCACAGCUCACUGCAGAAUGUGCCAUUGUUACUCUAGUGUACUUAGAGCGCCUGCUGACCUACGCUGAGCUGGAUAUCUGCCCCGCCAACUGGAAGCGCAUCGUCCUGGGAGCCAUCUUGUUGGCUUCCAAAGUCUGGGACGACCAGGCUGUGUGGAACGUCGACUACUGCCAGAUCCUUAAAGACAUCACUGUGGAGGAUAUGAAUGAGAUGGAGCGCCACUUCCUGGAACUUCUCCAGUUUAAUAUCAACGUGCCAGCCAGUGUCUAUGCCAAGUACUAUUUUGAUCUGCGGCAGCUGGCUGAUGACAACAACCUCAGCUUCCCCCUGGAGCCUCUCAACAACCAACGCGCCCAGAAACUAGAGGCCAUUUCAAGAUUAUGUGAAGACAAGUAUAAGGACCUGAGUCAAGCAGCGAUGAGACGAUCCUGCAGCGCAGACAACCUGAUAGGCAUACGACGCUCCAACGCUGUGCUGUCAUAGGCCAGACUGCUGCCCUCUGUUUUCUAAAAGCCCAGCUAACCCACAGCCAAACCCCGGACAAACGUCAACCUCACAGGUUCAACACAUCCACAUCAGGCAGGAUUCAGGCUUGAAAUGUUACUGUAUGACGGCAAUUUGCAAUCCCGGCUGUAGAGCUGACUGAGAAAUUACACUUGAAAAUAAGGUGUUAACCUAAAAAGUUCACCACACGACUAUUGUUUUUACAAAUCCCUUAUUUAUUUCUUACUUGUCCCUUAUGUCCCAGAGAAAGUGUUAAGUAGGAAUUGCUCUACUGCAGUUAUCUCAGAGGGGUAGUCUUUGUAUUGUCAUGAACAUGUAAUUUUUCCAAAAUGUAUUUGAAUUAUUCCAUGCAGCCGGGGGUUAUUCUAUAUAUAAGUUGUCACCAAAUUCCAUGAGAAGACCAAAACUAACAACGUGUUGGUCUCUGUGUACUUUCUGAGUUCCCUAACCCGUCAGUGGUAUUCACUCCCAAGGUUUGUACUAAAGACAUCAAUAUUUAAUAUGGCUCACAAAAACAUUUAAUUCAUAAAAAGGCUCAAUAUUUUCCUAAAACAGCAUGCACUAUAGUUUUUAAUCUGUUACCUCAAACGGGAGGAAAGGGUGCAUUUGUUGGAUUUUUAGCCGUGGAUUAAUGCACGUUUGGUGCUCUUGGUGAGUAUUUACAGCAGCAGGCCGGUGUAUGUGGGAUUGACUUAAAAUAAACAGUGUACAGUACAUUACUACUGGUCGUGUGUGUUCAUAGUAAUGAAGGAACGUGCCAGCCAGUGCAACAUUGUGGCCCAUUGAUGUCUUUUAAUAGUUUUUGAACAACAAUGGAGCUCUGUGUCAGUCCGGUUGAGGCAGAUGGCCGCCCAGGUGAAGCCAGGUUCUGUUCGAGGUUUCGGCCUGUUAAAAGGUAGUUUUUCCUCGCCACUGUCGCACUAAGUGCAGUUGCUCUUGGGGGAAUUGUUGGGUAUGUGUAAAUUAGAGUGUGGUCUAGACCUACUCUGUAAAGUGUUCUGAGAAAACUACUGUUAUGAUUUGACACUAAAUUGAAUUGUCUCUGUCACAGAGGAACGAGAUAUAUCGGGCUUUGAACACAUCGACGAUACUUGUUAAUAGGAUCAAUUCAUUGGUGGUUUUGGUUUUUUCAUGGUAUUUGUUUACAAUAAGAAAAUAUAUAUCACCACCAGACUUAUCUUUUAAUAGGCAUUCAAAGAUAACAUCUGAUCGAAUGCAAAAGCUGUUCCUUGUAAACCAUAGUUUAUACCAAAAGCAACUUUUGAGAGUGUAAAAAUGACGUGUUUGCUGUUAAUUCCAGUGGUGUUGGAUUCUAUUUCAGUAAUUAUCUACACAUUUUGAAUUUGGAUUAAGCACACUGCAUGUCAAAGUAUUAAACUAUAAAUAUUCCACAGGAGUUGGCUGAAGUAAACAAACCUUCAGUCAGCUGUUUGUAGUGUGUUGAGAAUCAGGAGUGCCAAUCUGGGGUCAGUUUUACUUUUCAGACACUUGAGGUGGUCUUAAAAGAGCGUUUAUUUUUUUUUUUUUUUUAUUACAGAUUCUGGAUCAGUAUUUAAUUGAGUGGCUCGAUAUAGCAGUUAGGUUGACAUAAUGACAACAUAUAGGUUGGGUCCACCCUCAGUAUUGUGCCCCUUAAAUCCAUCCUGACCCCACCUCAGAGAGCCCGUCAACAGAUUUCCAAUCCUGUACUUGUCCCAGGCCCCUGACCAGAGCUUUGAAACAAACUACAUAGAUAUUGAGGGGGGGGCUGAUGGAUACUCCCCUUCUUUUUGCUUACUAUGUAGGCUACCUAGCUGUGAAAUUUGUCUUGUUUUUAAUUGAA